ACUAAAUAUUCCUCUUGCAAAAAAAAAAAAACGUUCAGUUUAUUAUUUUCCGUCGUUCGAUUUUGUAUUGAAAAAUUUUACGAAACGUGUGUGAGGUUUUCUAAAUAGAAAAUAAUUAUAAAACGAAAUUAGCACUGAAGUGAAAUCAUUUAAAUACUUGUGUCAAUGUCUAUGUGUUUUUUACAUAUAAAAGGAAAAAAAUACCAAAUUUAAAAUAAAUUAUAAUAAAAAGCACGCAAAACGAAAGUAUUUUUCAAAGGAAAUUCACAUCACAGCAAAAAAGCCAAAGCACAAAGUGAAAAGACUAAAAUAAAAAGAAUAUUGCAUUUACUGAGAAGUAAAAUCGCAUACCCGGUGUAUUCCCUUGUCCCCAGCAUACACACAUAAACAUAGAAUAAAAGAAAACAAUAUAUUCCAUACGCAACGUUGCACAAGCUUCUAACAGAUUUUUAAUAAAAACUACAAUAGCUGCAACAUAAAAUACGAGUACGCACAGGAACAAGCAUAGAAUAGAAAUAUAAGGAGAAAUAAAUUAAUAAAAAGCCUUAAAGCACAAUGAGUAAAGCAACGGGACCUUCACCACCACAAUACACGUAUGUGCCACCACCCUCGGCACCACCAUCUUAUCAGGAAGCUGUAGGUGGUGUUAAACCAGUGGGUCCUUUCACACCCGUCGCUGCACCCACACAUGCUGCUGCUACCACAAAUGCCCAUAUUGUUACCACAGUUGUGCCAAUUGGUCGCACGGCUACACAUAUGAUCUGUCCAUCAUGUCAUGCUGAAAUCGAAACAACAACACGUACUGAACCUGGAAUGAUUGCAUACUUAUCGGGCUUUGUAAUUGCAUUAUUAGGUUGCUGGUUGGGUUGCUGUCUGAUUCCCUGUUGUAUUGAUGACUGCAUGGAUGUUCAUCACACAUGCCCUAAUUGCAAGGCAUACUUGGGACGUUACCGACGAUAAACAAUUUACAACUACUGGGUCAUCGAAUAUUAAAAACAUACACAAACACACACAUAUACAACCACUUAGAUUACGCUUAGAAUGUUUAAACAGAAGAAUAUUUUAAAAUAUGUCUUCAAAAAUAAUAAACCAGAAUGGAAUGAAUACUUUGAAUAUUAUUGGUGAAACAACUUUUAAAGUCGUUUAUUUUCAAUUAAUUACGAAAUAAAAUUUAUAUAUUGCAAAUAUCUUGAUAAAAUACAUGAAAAAUUUACAAAAAUAAUAAACGAUAUUUUUGCUUAAAAUUUACAAUUCUGAAAUAAAGUUUCUUUGGUUAACGAAAAA